CGUGACAUAUUCUAUACAAAUGACAGGUUUGUAUUCUUAUUUUAUAUACUAUCUAUUUCAAUAAACUAAUUUCGUAUACAGUACUACAUAAGAUCUUUAGUAUAAAUAUUUUUCUGAGAUAUUUUAAAAACUAUCGAGAUAUGUCAAAUUAAUUGUAAUUAGUAUUUGUUUCUUAGGUCUUACAGAUUUGUGUAAUCAAUGUGAAACAUCUGGACAUGGUAUAUGUACAGAUGAUAGUGAUAGUGCAGAAUGCGAAUGUUUUGCUGGAUUUCAUGGUCCAUCAUGUUCAGGCAUUGAUUCCUGA